AAAAAAAAACAAAAACAUAUGCAAGUCAUUCAGCUCACAUGUCUGUGUGGUUAAGUUCAAGGAGUCUUCUUUCUCUGAAAACGGGAAGGAUCUCAGUCAAAACCCAAAUGAACAAGAGGUUGUACAGCAGAUCGUUAGAUUUCUCUCUGCCAACAUGUGUACUGGAAAAUGCUCUCGUUGCAUUGCCUUGACUCUGUACCCGUUAGUGCUCAUAUCCAUCAUCUGCAACACAGCGUUGUUUUUUCCAGGUUGGGACGUCAAGUACGCCAAACAUGGACACCUUACGAAGGAGGUGUAUUACAUGGGGGGAGCCAUCGGAGGGGGUUUCAUGGUGUUGAUCCCAGCUCUUUACAUCAACCGGACCGGAGAGCAAGGUUGCUGUGGAAACCGCUUCGGGAUGUUCUUAUCCAUCGUCUUCGCUGCAGCAGGAGCAGCUGGCGCCCUGUACAGUUUCAUCGUGGCGUUGCUCGGUUUGGGUAACGGGCCUCUCUGCAAACAUGCAGGGACCUGGACUACACCUUUCAAGCACAGUAACUGGACCUACCUGACUGACUCAGAGUCUUGGGGUGAAUGCACAGAGCCUACAAACGUGGUGCAGUUCAACAUCGGACUGUUCGGCACCCUGAUGGCAUCCAGCUGCCUGCAGUGCUGCUCUGUGCGUCUCAGAUCAUCAACGGCCUCUUCGGCUGCAUGUGUGGGACCGGCAACAGCGAAAAGGAACCGUACGUUAUUGGUUAGGAGGCAUCUGAACAUUGACGUUUCUACUACAGAUGAAGAGCUUCAUUUCCUCCACUGCUAUCAACCUGACCUGCAUUAAACAUGAAGCUCCAAAUUGACAUUGUCUCUGACUGCUUGAGUGCAUUUCAUAAUUCAUCACACGGCUGCAGUGUAACAGGAGAUACGGAAAAGAUCACAGGGGUAGGAAGAAUACAUGCUUAUAAUAUGGUUAAUAUGAAAUAUAUUCAUAUACAGGGGCGUCGCCAGGAACUCCGGGCCCCAUGUAAAGAUCUCACAUGGGGCCCCUACCAUGGCCCAAACUAAACCCAGAGAAUUUCUACAAUUUCUACACUUUAAUUCUUUUUACACUGCAUUAUAAUUUGUCUCACCUGACGUUCAAAAUGUUGUUUUUUGGGCAGAAGUUGCGGCAAAUAUGUUACUGUAGCUCGCUGGGAAAGACGCUAAAUAUAGCUCCAAAGUGGACUCUUUUUGACAGCGAUGUAAUAUUUUUAUAAAAUAAGGCCGUAUGAAAUCGUAUCUAUGAUGGGGAUUCAUAAGCUAUAUUUAUACAUAAAACACAGAUAUGAUCCAAACGAUGUUCCUCUAACAACUGCUUUAAUAUGCAGCCUUUUAGAGAGACUUCACAUUUUUUUCCAGAAAGGAAUUCUGAAUGUUUGUUUAUUUAUUCAGACAAUUCUAAUUAUCUUAUUGUGUUUAUAACUCAGAGAAAAAAGCGAAUAAGAAAUUGAUUUUUAUUUCAGGCCCAUGAAGGGUAGUCAGUCCCACUUUCCCCCCACUAUGACGCCCCUGUUCAUAUAUAUUAUUUAUAUUUAAUGCAUUUAAUAUUAGUUUAAACCUGCUGAUACACUGCGUCAGCUAAAUCUUUUUUUUGCUUAAUGUACUUUUAUGUUAAAGAAAUAAAACACAUUUGUCUUUUUCUUCAAUGCCUCCUUUAAUGUUAAGGUUUGUUUAAUGUUGACCCAAAAGUAGACACGGCCGGAAAACCUGAAAGGUCGAUGAGGUUUUGUUGCUUGGUACUGGUGGAUGACUGAGUGGCUGUCUGGUUGAAGCAGAGCGGAGGAGACUUUGAGUUCUCAUCUGGUUCUGUGUUGUGUUGUGUUGUGUUGGUGGAGCAGACUGGAGGAGAAGACACUGGGGAAAAAUCUGGACAAAAGGAGAACAAAUAUGUUCGGAUUCAUGUAAAAAAACUCGAGGAAAAAACUCUAUCAAGCGUUAAAAGCGGCUCAAUAUAACUAGCACUUCAGUAGACUGAGUCUGAAUCAUCCAGCGAUGAGUAGAGUUAUACUGAAGCAGAUUAGAUGAUGAGUUACAGGUAUGUGAUGUGCCACCAGGUGUUAAAUUGAAGAGGCCAAGCCCUCCAGACACACACACACACACACACACACACACACACACACACACACACACACACAGGAAAGCAGGACCAUAGCCAGAGAAAUGUUCCAGUGUUAUCUCAGAUUUUUAUACAUAUAAACUUACAGAUAGAGAUCACAAACUAUUCCGUCUCCUGCACUUCUAUUUAUGUUCAAACUGAAUCAUCACGUGUCUUUGUUCCAAUGAACUCAUUACGAUCCUUUCACAGCAUGUUUACGAUGGACAGAUGAGUGUAUCUGUGUUUCUGUCGAAGGCGUAAACCUGUUGAAUAGUUUUAAUGAAGAAUUGAAAAUGUGUUUUUUCCAAACUGCUUUUUAACAAAUGACUAAAAAAUAAGGUGAUACACACAAACACAAAA